AUGCCGGGAAGGACGAAAGCUCGCGCCGAGCCCGCGGCCGACGCCGCUAUGGAGGAUGUACCGUCCUCGGCUCAGAAGGCGCAUGAAGUUGUGGAGGACGGCGAUGACGCCAUGGUCGACUCCGCUGACGGACAAGAAGAGGAGGAGGAGGAGGAGGAGCUGCCGAAGCUGCCCGGCUCCUCAGACACGGCCGCCUCGUUCGAGUUCGAGAAGGAGAGUCACACGCUGGGCAAUGCUCUUCGUUACAUCAUCAUGAAGAACCCCGAUGUUGAGUUCUGUGCCUACGCUAUCCCGCAUCCUUCUGAGCAGAAGAUGAAUCUGAGAAUCCAGACGUACAAUGACUACAAGGCCACAGACGCGCUCAAGAAGGGUUUGCAGGAUCUGGAAGAUCUCUGCGAUGUUGUCUCUGACGAGUUCUGGACUCGGCGAAAUGAGUUCAACGAAAAGAACGGCAUCCUGCGUGACUAA